GAUCUGGGGGCUUUGUAUCCGGCGCUCCUCAGUGCCACCCCACCGCUGCGAUCCGCGCUGUCUCCUCUCUGCUCCCCAGCUUUGAUCCCGGCCGCGCCGCCAUGACGCAGGCGGAGAUAAAGCUGUGCUCCCUGCUGCUGCGCGAGCAUUUCGGCGAGAUCGUGGAGAAGGUGGGGACGUACCUGGUGAGGACAGGCAGCCAGCCGCUGCGCGCCAUCUGCGCCGACACCGGGCUGGCGUUGGACCAGGUGAGGAAGGCGCUGUGCGUCCUCAUCCAGCACAACCUGGCCGCAUACCAGCUGCAGAAGCGCGGCUGCGUGGAGUACGAGGCUCGGUGCCGCCGGGUGCUGCGCAUCCUGCGCUACCCGCGCUACAUCUACACCGCCAAGGCGCUGUACGGCGACACCGGGGAGCUGCUGGUGGAGGAGCUGCUCCUCAACGGCAAAAUGACGCUGAGCGCCGUGGUGAGGAAGGUGGCGGAUCGGUUGACGGAGACCAUGGAAGGUGGGCGCUGCUCCCCCUCCGUGCGGGGACCUGGUGGGGACCUGGUGGGGGUGGAGGAUGCAGUAAGGAGCGCUGUGUGCAGGGCUGGGCUCCCCAGGAUGAAAAAGACGGGGAUCUCUUGGGAAGGGUCCAGCGGGGGGCCGUAAGGAUGGGGAAGGGCCUGGAGCAUCGCCCCUAUGGAGGAAGGCUGAGCGAACUGCGGCUGUUUAGAUUGAGAAAAGGAGGCUGAGAGGGGGCCUGAUCCUGGUCUGUAAAUGUUGAGGUGUGGGGGGUGAGGCCAGGCUGUUUUCAGCGGUGUGUGGGGACAGGACGAGGGGAAACGGACAGGAACUGCAGCACAGGAAGUUGGAUGUGCUGUGGGCUGUGCUGUGGGCUGUGCUGUGGGAUGUGUUACAGGCUGUGCUAUGGGCUGUGCUGUGGGAUGUAUUAUGGGAUGUGCCCCGCAGCACAGGAAGUUCCGCACAGAUGUGCACAAGGAUUCUUUAGGUGGCACAGCUGCCCAUGGAGGUGGUGGAGGCUCCUCCUCUGCAGGUGUUCCAGACCCACCUAUGGGAUGCCUGCUUGUGCGACCUGCUGCAGGAACUGCUUUGGCAGGGGGUUGGGCUCCGUGAUCCCUGGGGGUCCCUUCCAACCCCUGCCAUUCUGUGAUGCUGUGAUA